ACAGUUCCUCCAUUUCCUGUUGUGGAUUUGGAACGAGACAUACCUUCAGAAUGGGAAUAAAAAGCGGAUAGAAUAGAAUAAUCGGGUGGAUGAUUUGUCCCACUAAAUGCAGCUAAACCUACAAGAACGGGGAAAGAGAGCCCCAUCAUGUCUAGCUCGCUCCUAUGGGCAGUGGACGUAUACGGGAAGGUGUACAGCCUAUCCACCACCAGAGGGCGCUGGGAGCGUGACGAGCACCUCCUGGAGCUAAAGCGCGUUACCGCUGGACAGAGGUGCAGCUGGGGAAUUGGCUGUGACCACCAUGUUUACCUCAAUAUCGACCCUGGGGAGGUGCCAAUUCGCUAUCGAGAGGAGACCUAUGAGAACCAGAGGUGGAACCCAGUGGGCUUCACUGACGUGCUGCUGCCCACUGACCGUUGGGCCUGGAGUGACCUCACAGUAACCGCCCAGCCACUGCACAGCUUCCUGUUGCCCUCAAACAGCUGGGAGUGGGAGGGGGACUGGUACGUUGACCAGGUCUGCGCUGGAGGAGACCCCACUGAAACUGGGGGCUGGGAGUAUGCAGUGGACUUUCCUGCUAACUUCUCCAGAGAGAAGAAGUGGAACUCAUGUGUUUGUCGCAGGCGAUGGAUUAGAGACAGAUAUACAAAGCCAGAGGCUCUUGGACCAAGGAGACAGUGUUGCCUCCUCUCUCAGGUGUGGUUCAGGAGUGGCAUCCUGCCACAGGUCCCUGAGGGCCAGUGUUGGGACGAGGUGGAGGCCCCCAGGGAGGUGGCCCAGAUCUCUGCCGGACCAGGGGACUUGCUCUGGGCUGUACUCUGGGACGGACAGCUACUGGUCCGCACGGGCAUCUGCCUGGACAGCCCUACAGGUUCCUCCUGGGUGGUGGUGGAUUCUCCCCCAGUAAAGGAGGGCGGAACCAUCCAUGUUGCUGUGGGGGUCAGCGUGGUGUGGGCCGUCACUAAGGACUACAAAGUGUGGUUUCGGCGGGGGGUGAACUCCCAUAACCCCUGUGGCUCAGGAUGGAUCAGCAUCGGAGGGGAGAUGAUGAUGGUGGAUGUGGGACUCAAUGCAAGGUGUGGGCGUUGGAGAGGACCGGUGGCUGUACUUCAGGAAGGGUGUCACCCCAUCGGAGCCAGUGGGAGGGGCUGGAUACCUGUUUCUGCCCAAUGGGGUCACAGCAAAGAGAUGGUCCAACCCAGUGCUGGCUGUGAGUUCGGGGGACAGUGCGACAAUGCUUCCCAUGGCUCUGUUCUGACCUGCGAGGACUCAGGGGACACAGAGCUCCUCCUCACCACCACCCCCCAAGGCCACAGGAAACCCCAAAGCCUUCAUCCCACCAGUGACAGCUUCAUCUCCAGCCUGGUGGCUGACCGUGAGCCCCUGAGGACCCCCACACCCUCCCCCAAAAAGCCACCCCAGGGGAAGGACAGCGAGGCCACCCGCACCCGAUGUGCAAUGUGGACCUGGAGGCAGCCAGAGCCCAGGAGAGGCAUCUUCUCUAGGCAGGGCAGGGGACGUGGGACCCCCCACCUCAGUGGCCACCUACCCCUGGGUCUGGAGUCUCUGGGUUUGGGGGAGGAGGACGGGCCUGUAUGGGCCUGGAUCUCUGGCGGAGGCUGUGACGUGGACCAUACAGCUCAGAUGACCUGGCUCAGGCCUGCAGACCCAUGCUCCACUGCCCUGUCCAUCGCCCCUGUUGAACCAGAAGCCUCGACGGCUAGGAAGGCCGAGACCACCACCAGUAAGGAGCCAGUGGAGAGAAGUGCGUCUGUGUGGGUGAGGAAGGGCAGCAUGCGCUGGUGGAGGGACUGGAAGCCCUAUCGCUGGGUGGAUGUGGGCGUGGCCCUGGAGCAGUCCACCAARGUCAAUGACAAGAGGGAUGCCAUCUUCUUCAUCUACUUCACCCAGUAUGAUGAGAAGAAGUACCUCCAUGUGUUUAUAAGUGAUGUGACGGUGCUGGUUCCUGUGCUCAAGGAAAACUCCCAUGCCUUUGCGGUGUACACGUCAGAUAGCACAAAACAAAGAUGGCCGCAUCCUGCUGCACAGACUGAGAAGGACAUGGCUGACUGGCUGUCCCUGUUGGCUGGUGCUGCUGCGAGGCCAGAGGGAUCAGGGAACCCCCUCCCGACAGGCCCUGUGGCGGCUGGUGGCACCUUCAUUGAGGAUGACGGCCUCAUACUAAUGGCUGGAACGUUUUGGCUGCAGGUCCCGGGCCACCUGCGCUGUGUAGAGUCUAACAGUCUGGGUGUGGUGUGGGGGAUCGGGUAUGACGGCACCGCCUGGGUCUACUCUGGUUCGGGCAGCGCUGCUGGGGAAGAGCCCCCUCAGGGAGACAGGGGCAUCCUGCCCACACAGACAGAUGGAAGGACUGUGUACGUCUUUGAGAACCAGCGAUGGAACCCCAUGACCGGAUACACAGACAAGUACUACGAUCUGUCUCACGCUUCUCCCCACAGACCGGUCCCGUGGAGUGAUGACAAUGGCUUUACAGAGUGCACCAAGUCCACCACCCACCCACCCUCGCCUCAGUGGAGCUGGAGUGGCCGUCGACUUCGCUUUCUCAGGAGGGACAGACAAAGAGGGGUGGCAGUAUGCAGCAGACUUCCCUGUGACGUUUCAGGCAACAAGAGCCUGAAGGACUUUGUCAGACGUCGGCGCUGGGUCAGGAAAUGUAAAAUCACCCUGACUGCCCCAUGGCAGGAAGUCCCACCAAUCCCCCUAAGUGACAUCACAGUGUUGCCGUCCCUGGCUCAGAGCAGUAUGGAGCAGGUCCCAGUCUGGGGCCUCAGUGACAAGGGGGACGUCCUGUGUCGCCUGGGGGUCACCCCCCAAAACCCUGCGGGUUCCUCGUGGCUCCACGUGGGUACUGACCAGCCCUUCAAGUCCAUCUCCAUCGGGGGAGGUCACCAGGUGUGGGCCAUCGCCAGGGACAGAGCUGUGUUCUACAGGGGCUCAGUGU